CAAGAUUCCCGAACGAACGAUCAAGUAGAACGAACGAGAAAAGAAUAAAAAGUUGAUGUAACAAACGUGGGUUUUAAGCAAAUCCUUGUAUAAAGUCUGCUUCAUUUCGUGUUUCUAGGGUGUAAAACAAUAAACAAAACUCGAGGACCAUGGAGGAGUACGCACGUGAACCAUGUCCGUAUCGUAUAGUCGACGAUUGUGGCGGUGCAUUCGCAAUGGGAUGUAUCGGUGGCGGUGUGUUCCAAGCUAUUAAAGGAUUUCGGAAUGCACCAUCUGGCUUCAACCGGCGUUUGCUUGGCAGCUUAACAGCGAUUAAAAGUCGCUCCCCGAUUAUCGCAGGCAACUUUGCUGUAUGGGGUGGAAUGUUUAGCACCAUCGAUUGUACACUAGUUCACUUCCGGAAAAAAGAGGACCCUUGGAAUUCCAUCAUAAGUGGUGCGGCUACGGGAGGAAUUUUGGCAGCACGAAAUGGUGUCCCGGCUAUGAUUGGAAGCGCGGUGAUCGGAGGUGUUCUAUUAGCUUUGAUCGAAGGUGUCGGCAUUAUGUUUACCCGUAUUUCUGCUGAACAGUUCCGAAAUCCUGCUCCACCGACGGACGAUCCUUCGGCUCUCGGUGACCCGGGGCAACAACAAAUGCCUCCGUCUGCAUCGUCACCCUUUUCGUUCGGACAAACUGGACAAAAUAACUAUCAGUAAGAAUCCGCGCAAGUCGGACGAUAGAGAAUAAUGCCGUCAAUGUCAGUAGGGCGUAUAUGAUUGAAUUGGAAACAUCUCGGUCAUACAUAGUGAAGUUGUUAAGAUCGUUUUUUUCUGGCUAAGUGUACAUUUUAGGAUUUAGUUAAAAUUCAUGAAAGCUAUGAUGUAUGAGAUUUUGUACAUUUUUACUACCGAUUAUGUGUACCUCGUUCAUGUGCAUGCGUUCGUUAUUAUCCUGCUAGCAAGACCGAAUACACAUUUUCUACAGGCAAAAGUAUAGUGUAUGAAUGUGUUUGCUUGGAAUGGCAUCUCGUGUAGUAAUUGAUCAUUUUCGUUAACUGAAUUUCUUUCCUGUGAUGAUUUUAUCUGAAAGCUUUGACCAUACGAAAAUGAGAUAUUACUCGACAUAAAAAAACACACAUGGAUGAGAGUAUAUAUGAAUGUGGUAAGACGAUUUGUAACGAACAGAGCUAAUAAGAAUUGGAAUACACAAUCAA